GAUUCAGAAUAAUUGCGUUACCAAGAAUCGAACGACUUUCUUAUUAGGGAUUAGGAGGAAUAUGUCAAAUACGGCUUCUAUAAUUUGAGAUCGAGAUCGAGUGUCGUAAAAAAUCCGCUUAUCUGUCAAAAGAAGAUUUUCUUGACGAUGACAGCGGAUAACAAAAAAAACAAAAAGCCGCAAAUAAAAUGGACCCGUGCUGUUCCCCUGAGAAGGCCGGAUUAUAUAAAAUCUUCAGUUUUUACAGAACGAGGUGAAGUUGGAUUUACGCCGACUUACGAUCAUGGUCGUCCGAACUUGGGUUGCUUAUUGAACUAUGAGUACAUGAGAAUGUGGUUCAAGGAGAGAGAUCAGUACCAGAAGGACACCUAUACCAAACAAGAUAAAAAGGCCGAUUCGUUCGUAAAACGUCGCCAUGUUCAGCGUUACACAAGACACACGGAGAAGCAGAAGAUUCUCCCCAUUGUGACGAUAAAGAAAUUUCAGAAUGUUCAGGGUAUUGAAUCAACUGCAAGGGAAGGAGUAAAGCUACAGGGAGGCACCAAAGCUUUCACAUACGUGCAAAAAGCAGAAGAAGAGAAAGGCAAACAGUUCCUGAAAUAUAAACCAGACUGUAGCCGUCCGAAGAAGAAGGCCAUCACAAAGGAAGAAUGAAAUGAAAUUGUUCAAACUUUGGGAUCAAGUCAUCAAUUCAUUGA